AUGGCGGAUGAGCGCAAGUCUCACGAUGCGCCGGCGGCCUCGCCAGUUGUCGAAGAGCAUAUGAGCGUCGGUCGUUACAUCGCCACGCGAAUUACCACCCUCGUGCCUCCGAUGAACCCUGCACCCAAUCCCUUCAAAGCUUUGACCCUGUUGAAUCGGACCCAGUGGCUGAAUUUCUCGGUCGCAUUUAUUGGCUGGUCAUGGGAUUCCUUCGACUUUUUCACUGUCUCUCUUACUACCGCCGAGCUUGCCAAAACAUUUGAUAAGAGCGUUACCGAUAUCACCUGGGGAAUUACCCUAGUGCUCAUGCUGCGAUCUGUCGGCGCCAUCACAUUCGGAAUCGCCUCUGAUAGAUGGGGUCGCAAGUGGCCUUUCAUCUUCAACCAGUUCCUCUUCAUCGUUCUCGAGCUCGGCGCCGGUUUCUGCCAGACUUACAAACAGUUCCUAGCCACUCGUGCCUUGUUCGGAAUCGCCAUGGGUGGCUUGUACGGUAAUGCAGCAGCCACAGCAUUGGAGGAUUGCCCACCUGGCGCGCGUGGUAUCAUAUCGGGACUUUUGCAGCAGGGUUAUGCUUUCGGUUAUCUGCUGGCAACAGCAUUUGCCCGAGCGCUUGUCGACACUACUCCGCAUGGCUGGCGACCACUGUACUGGUUCGCAGCCUGCCCACCAGUCCUGAUCAUCAUCUUCCGUUUGUUCCUAGGCGAAACCGAAACUUUCCGUCGGCGCCAGGAAGCGCGCCAGGAAAUGCGCGGAGGCGUCGCUGCAUCCUUCAUCUCCGAAGGAAAGGUUGCACUGAAGCGACACUGGCUGAUGCUGGUGUACCUGGUUUUGCUCAUGGCCGGAUUCAACUUCAUGUCGCACGGAUCCCAGGACCUUUAUCCCACAAUGCUGGAGAACCAGUUCAAAUUCUCCAAGAAUGCAGUGACGGUCACACAAGUUAUCGCCAACCUAGGCGCUUUAUCCGGCGGUGUCACCUGUGGCUGGGCUAGUCAAAUCUUCGGCCGCCGCUUCUCCAUCAUUGCUAUCUCCAUCGUCGGUGGCGCCCUCCUCUACCCCUACACAUUCGUCCAGAACAAGAAUGUCAUGGCCGCCGCCUUCUUCGAGCAAUUCAUGGUCCAGGGCGCAUGGGGUGUGAUCCCCAUCCAUCUGAUGGAGCUGUCUCCGGGACCCAUCCGUACCUUCGCCGUCGGCACCGCCUACCAGCUUGGCAACCUCGUCUCCUCUGCCAGUUCGACCAUCGAGUCCACCAUCGGUGAGCGAUUCCCCCUACCGCCGACCGCGGAGGGAGUCCACCGCUAUGAAUACGGCAAGGUCAUAUGCAUUUUCAUGGGCUGCGUCUUUGCCUACGUCAUCCUGAUCACCAUUGCCGGUCCCGAGCAUCUGGGUCGUAACUUCGAUGCCGAACACGACGCGGAUCUUCAGGAAGUCGCCGCUCACCGCGGGGUCAGCACCAAGGAGGAAGGGUUCGGGGAAGACGCUGAGAAGGGGGAUGCACAGGCUACGAUCCACUCGUAG